UGUGCUGCCUCACAUCACUAGCCCAACAAACAGCUAUUAUUGAAAGCUACACAAUGCACCGAUCCCACCCGAGUAUCAGUCGUCGCAAGCACCUCAUGAAGGAGAUGAUGGAGGACGACUACGCGCUGCCCACGGAAACUCAGCAGAUUGCGCGGGUCAUCAGCAGCCGGGGCAACAAUCUCCACGAGGUGGAGACCGUGGACGAAACAUUCCUUGUUUCGAUGCCCAACAAAUUCCGCAAGAGCAUGUGGGUGAAACGUGGCGACUUUCUGCUGGUCGAACCGAUUGAAGAGGGCGAUAAGGUCAAAGCUGAGAUCUGCAAAAUACUCACACCCGAACAUAUAAAGGAAUACACAAAAGCUGCAAUUUGGCCGGAUAAAUUCACUAAGAAACCUGCGGAGCAGGAAGCCACCAGCCAAAACAAAGACGACUCCGAUUUCGAGGAUGAUCUCCUGCCCAAUACAAAUCGUCCUGUAAAUCGGGAUUCCUCCGACGAAGAGAAAGAUGAGGAAACAUCCAGCGAAGAGGACUGAACGACGUACAAACACACAUAGUUAGGUUAUUUACAAAUUUGUCAAACUUAAUUAAACAAAAACUGUUGGUUAAU